CACCCUCCUUCCCUUUCAUCCCCUUCCUUCAAAUCCCCCCUUUUCUCUCCUCACCCAUUUCAAAGCCCUCUCUCCCCUCCGUUCACUUCCAUUCCCUUAGGUCAAUUAUCCUUAUCUCAAAGACACUCGACCAAAAACCUUUCCCAGUUCAAAACAAUCCCACUCUCCCUCAAAACACACGCGCCCACUUUACAUAAAGAGUAAAAAAAAAAAUAUAAAGAAAGGACAGAUCACUAUUUUCUCUUCGGUCACCAAAACAAACCCUUUUUGGUUCUUCUCUUUCCCUUUCUCUCUUUCCCUCCCACCAUGGCAGACAGGGUUUACCCUUCAUCCAAACAAGCCACAAAUGGCACCACCCCCACCAGCACUGCCAACCCGUCCUUUCCCGUCACUAAAGCUCAACUAUACGGAGCGUCUCGCCCUCUCUACCGUCCACAACCCAACCGCCACCGUUACCGUCGCUCCUGCUGGUGCUCUUGUUGCCUUUGGACCACCGUAGCUAUCCUCCUCCUUAUCCUCCUAGCCGCCAUAGCUGGUGCUAUUUUAUACGUCCUUUACCGCCCUCACCGCCCUACUUUCACAGUUUCAUCCCUGAAAGUCGCAACCCUUAACAUAACUUCAGCUUCCAAGCUCAUCACCAACAUCAACCUCAACGUCACAGCCAAAAACCCCAACAAGAAACUCGUCUAUAUUUACGACCCCUUCACCAUUUCUCUUUACACUGACGACGAUAUCGAUAUUGGGGACGGUUCAAUCGGCUCCUUCGUGCAUGGCACUAAAAACACGACCCUUUUGAAAGCUGCCAUAACUAGUAGCAACCAAGAACUUGAUGACACGUCAGCUGGCAAAUUAAAGACUGCUUUGAAGAGCAAGAACGGGCUGCCAUUAAAGAUAAAGCUCGACACUAAAGUGAAAGCAAAGAUGGGAGCAUUAAAGACACCAAAGCUUGGUGUUAGGGUUAUUUGUAAAGGGAUUAAAGCUACUGCUCCGACGGGGAAAUCAGCAACCACGGCUUCAACUUCUAAUGCAAAGUGUAAGGUUGAUUUGAGGAUCAAGAUCUGGAAAUGGACGUUCUGAUGAGAAUUGAGACGAGAAAGACUAGAGAAGGAAAAAAAAAAGGUUUGAUGUUUAUUUUAUUUUAUUUUUGUCUUUACUUUUUUUUUUAAUUGUGUUAUUCAUUAUUUUGGUUAUAAUAUGUUGUGUAAAUUUGGUGAUUGGUUGCAAUAAUUAAUAGGAUAUAGAAAGUUUUAAUGUAUACUUUUGUUUUUUUCCAAUGUUUCUUUUAGCGUUUUUGUUGUUAGUCUCUGUUCAUUAGUGUACAAUAUUGUUAAUUUAUAUUUGAAUUCAAGAAAUA